AUGCCCACCGACCUUUACGUUGAGACCGGUGCCAUAAAAUGGGGUUCAUGGAACCACUACGACCGCGUUAGAACCGCGGGACUCGGCGAAUUUUUAGACGAAAACUCGGUCAUAGCCUUGUACAACAAGCACGGCUUCCUAGUCGGCAACCUCAAGUCCCGCUACCCGGCGCGGCAGACCCGCCAGACCAACAUGAUGGCCGAGCUGUGGAUAACAUAUGCUGCACUCAAAGCCCGGUUAUUCAAUAACGAGCCCGUUGAGAGCAGUCUUGUUCUUGCGUUGAACAACCUAGACCCUAACUUCAUCUACACCUAUGACCUCUAUGAGAGCUAUAGGAUUGAACAUCUGGUAUAUGCGAGGCAAAUUAUCGCAUACAACUGCCGGAACGUGUUGGACAUGGCCGAUACUCAAGGGGGAAACUUCGAGCUUUCGUAUCGGCCUGAUAAACGUCGCUGUGUGCCGGUUUUUCACGCAGCUUCUCGGGCUUAG